AUGGAAAACCCUAAUAUCUCCGAUCACAAGAACUCCUCAACCGGACCAGACCCGGAAUCCGAACCCGACCAGACCCGUAUUUUCCCAUCAAUCUCCCAGAUCAUAAGCGAGGGUGAAUCCCUGUUCUCCAUAGCCUUCCCAACAAUCCUUGCGGCAUUGAUCCUCUACGUUCGAUCUGCUAUCUCGAUGAUCUUCCUUGGUCAUCUCGGUGAGCUCGAGCUAGCCGGAGGCUCACUAGCCAUUGCUUUCGCCAAUAUAACUGGCUACUCGGUCCUUUCGGGUCUUGCCCUAGGCAUGGACCCUUUAUGUUCUCAAGCCUUUGGAGCCGAAAAGCCGAAACUCCUCUCGCUAACCCUACAACGCACUGUGCUUUUCUUGCUAGCUUGCUCGGUCGGGAUCCUUGUUUUGUGGCUGAAUUUGGAGAAAAUCAUGAUCUUUCUCCAUCAAGAUCCGACCAUUUCGUCUUUGGCUCAAGUUUAUGUCUUGUGCUCUAUUCCUGACUUGGUCACCAACUCGGUUCUUCACCCUCUUCGUAUUUACCUUCGGGCACAAGGCAUAACUCACCCGCUAACCCUAGCGACGCUUGCAGGCACGAUCUUCCACAUACCCAUCAACUUCUUCCUCGUAUCUUAUCUCCAGAUGGGUCUUGUCGGAGUAGCAAUGGCCGCUUCCGCUUCGAAUUUCUUUGUCCUUAUGUUUCUCGUGUUUUACAUUUGGUUCACCGGCUUGCACAGAGCAACGUGGACAAACCCUAGCUCGGAGUGCUUCAAGGAUUGGGGUCCACUGAUCCACCUCGCAGCCCCCAGCUGCGUUAGUGUUUGCCUCGAAUGGUGGUGGUACGAGAUCAUGACCGUUCUCUGCGGUUUGCUCGCAAAUCCUAAAGCUCCGAUCGCAGCAAUGGGGAUCCUCAUCCAAACAACGUCGUUGCUAUACAUUUUCCCGUCUUCAUUAGGAUUCGCGAUUUCCACCCGUGUCGGGAACGAGCUCGGGUCAAACCGUCCGCAUAACGCGCGUCUAGCUGCCACGGUCGCGGUUGCGUUUGCCGGUCUCAUGGGUUUGACCGCAUUUGCGUUUGCGUGGGGCGUAAGCAACAUUUGGGGGAAAAUGUUCACCCGAGACAUUGAGAUCAUAAAUCUAACGGCGUUAGUGUUACCGAUACUCGGCCUCUGCGAGAUCGGAAACUGCCCUCAGACCGUCGGUUGCGGUGUCCUUCGAGGAAGUGCUCGGCCAUCGACAGCUGCGAACAUAAACCUCGGAGCGUUUUACCUUGUCGGGAUGCCGGUUGCUGUUGGACUUGCCUUUCGGACUGGAAUUGGGUUUUGUGGGCUUUGGUUGGGCCUUUUAGCGGCCCAAAUUAGCUGUGCAGUCAUGAUGCUAUACAUUGUGGGGUCCACGGAUUGGGAAGGAGAGGCUAAGCGGGCAAAAGUGCUAACGUGCACCGGUGUUGACGUGGUGAUAACGGCACAAGAUAGCGACGAUUUAACGGACCCGUUAUAUAGCGUUAGUGUGACUACAAACUGA